ACAAAGAGCACUCAGUAGGUUUAGCUGGUAAAUCAUACAUAAAAGUGCUCGGCACACAGCGGCUCUAUUGGAUCUAAUCCGUUGAGCUCCGCCCAGCAGCUCCUCCAGCUGAUGCCUGUUUGCCGCUGCGUGUUUGGGAUUGUUGUGAUGGGAGGCCGCGGCCAUCUUGGAUCAGCACCGAUCCACACAGCGAGGAGCAGGACGCACAGGACGACUGAGCUCGGGCACUUGGCUAAUGGUAGCCUGGCGUCCUAAUUAACCACACCAGGGUGUUCUUCGAUAGUAAUGUGAUCUGCAGACUGCGUUUCAGCUGUUAGCCAUUUGCGUUGGCGCAGAAAUGGUCCGAAACAGCGUUAAUGGUUGAAGUCCAAGAGAAGAAGGGCGACGGCGGUGCACAUCCUCGGUGUAUAUUUUUUAUUUUUCUGAGGCGAUAUACUAUGAAUGGAGGAUAAAUGUUGCCGAAGGCUGACAGCUGCAGUUUUGUCCUCUUCUCGCUUUUCUUCGUCCUCACUUUAACGGACCCUCCACGGACAGGUCCACGACUAGCUCUGGCCAGAUUAUUGUCAGAGCAACGCUGUCCAGGGCAGUUUGCCUGCCGCAGUGGAAAGCUGCAGUGUAUCCCUUUGUCCUGGCAGUGUGAUGGCUGGACAGCAUGUGAGGACAAGAGUGACGAGAUGGACUGUCCUCCUCUAAAGGAGGAACGGUACCGCUAUGGAAAUGGCUUUGACCAGGGAGAAGAUGUCAUUGGUGUAGCCCAGCCUGUGCGCUUCAACAAAAAAUGUCCUACUGGGUGGCACCACUAUGAAAAGACGGCCAGUUGUUAUAAAGUCUACUUGAGGAAUGAGAACUACUGGCAGGCUGUGGACACCUGUCAGAAAGUGAAUGGCUCUCUGGCUACUUUUGUGACCAACGAAGAGCUGCAGUUCAUCUUAAAGAUCGAGGUAGACUUUGACGACAAAGUCUGUGAGCGCAGAGACCAGUGCAAAUUUUGGGUUGGCUACCAGUAUGUGAUAACCAACCAGAAUCACUCACUGCAGGGCCGCUGGGAAGUGGCGUAUAAAGGUGCUAUGCAGGUAUUUCUGCCACCUGAGGGUCUGGCCUCCAUUGGUGAUGCUUCUCCCUCCCAGGACAAUGUGUUCUGUGCCCAGCUCCAGCGCUUUCAGAUUAAAAGCAUGAAUGAAAGGGGUCUGCAUAGCUGGCACGCAGAAAACUGUUACAAGAAGUUUCCUUUUCUUUGUAAAAGAAGGCAAACUUGUGUGGAUAUAAAGGACAAUGUUGUGAAUGAGGGGUACUACUUCACCCCAAAAGGAGACGACCCGUGUUUGAGCUGCACGUGUCACGACGGAGAGCCGGAGAUGUGUGUGGCAGCUCUGUGUGAGCGGCCUCAGGGCUGCCAGCAUUUCCGCAAGGACCCUAAAGAGUGCUGCAAGUUCACCUGCCUUGACCCAGAUGGUAACAGCCUGUUUGACUCAAUGGCCAGCGGGAUGAGGCUGAUCGUCAGUUGCAUCUCUUCCUUCCUCAUCCUGUCCCUGCUGCUCUUCAUGGUGCACAGGCUGCGUCAGAGGAGGCGGGAGCGAAUUGAAACACUAAUUGGGGGAAACUUGCAUCAUUUUAACCUUGGGCGGAGAGUUCCUGGGUUUGACUACGGCCCAGAUAUGUUUGGGACUGGCCUUACCCCCUUACACCUGUCUGAUGAUGGAGAGGGAGGAGCCUUUCACUUCCAGGAGCCGCCUCCACCAUACGCUGCUUACAAAUACCCCGACAUGCCCCACCCGGACGACCCCCCUCCUCCGUAUGAAGCCUCCAUCAACCCAGACAGUCUGCUCUAUGUGGAUCUUGGCCACACUGGAGUUGCCAUGGUACCAGGCCAGAUUAAUGCCAUUGGAGAUGGACUACAAGCUGAUAUUCCUAACCCACAUGGUCCAGGGUCAGUGAUGGCCCCGCCUCAGGAGAGAGAGGACUCCAUAGACAGCAGCACCCUCCUGGUGGGGCCGGACACCCCCACAGAGGGCCCCAUGGCUCCAAACCCAAUGUCCCCUGACUCCUCUCUCAGCACUGCUGUAUAGGACUGACUCAGCAGCAGGACUAGUGCGCAGUCAGGAGGUCCUCUGAGUCUCUUGAGGACACAGCCCACUGCUCAGUCACCACGUGGAAACUUUGAUUUAAAAAAAAUGUCAUGACAUUUGAAGUUUGUACAGAAAUGAUAAAUAGUUUGAUUAAAAUACUUCAUGUUUUCUAAAGAGACUGGCAUCCGAGUGAUCAAAAGACUGUGGGGCAGGAGGAGUUAAACAGGACAUGAACUGAAGGGUCUGUUUUUACUCAGAACCCCAAAAAGAGCGACGCUUUUGAACUGCUGCGACCUGGCCUUAGAUCCAGAUGCUCUGCUGUAAAUACAGGUCUCAGGUCUGCACUGGUCCAGUUUAUACUCCUGUGUGCUGCUCCUACCAACAAUGACUUGCAGCUUUUAGUUUUGUGCUCUAUGUUUUGAAUCAGAUGAAUUUGUAUUGCUCUAUGAUCAUUGUUUUCAUUAGCUGUGCUUGUUGCAGCGUGCCCUAACUUUUCAUUAGCUAAUCUUCCUUCACGUUCAUAUUUGCGUGGUAAUAGGCAGGUGUCUUUUUGAAGAUGAUUUGCAGUAAAAGAUAUUUUGUAAUUGUAAAGUUUAAGAUGACUUGUUCUGGUUAGAUUUAUACGAGAAUCAUUGGACAUACAUUGUAUCAAAGCUCAUUAGGGUACUGCAGAUUGUUUCUGAUGAUAAUAUGACUAUAGUCUUGCUUUUGUGUGACAACAGAGUAAGCACAGAACUCCCCCAUCAACCAUGGUGUGAAAGUAUUACAUGAUAAUUAUACAGGGAUGUCACUAUGAGCUGAUUGCAGGGUAGUAAUGUAAACGGCAUUUUAUUUAACUAUGGAAUGCCAAAUAUUGUGCACGAUCUUUUUUUAAAAAUUUAUAUGUACUACUUUCAGGGGAGGGAGCUUUUUGUUAACAUGCUUCUGAAUUAAAAUCCUCAAUGUUGAUCACAGUACAGCGGCAACAUUAAAAUUAUACAAACAUGACCUAAACAGUUUAAAAUCAAUUUGACCAGAAUUGUAAAUCUGAACAAAUGGAAAUAUAUGUUCUGCUCUCAAAAGUUGCAGUGUUUUCACACUAUUUUUUGUGGGUAAUAUAUAGACAUCAGACAUGCACAUGAUUAUUCUUUAAAACUGAAGAUAGACCUAACUUUAAAAACAUGCAGCUCCAUUUUAGACAGCCUGAUCUUUUUGAUGUGAAUGCUUCCCGAUCACCCCCACUACAUUAGUGUGAUUCACUACAGGCCCAUUUUGAGACUCUGGGUUACUGACUUUACCUAGUAUUUUGGGGUCAGUGAGUUCUUUGCUCUUUUUGGAAAGAAAUAUAACAUUUAAAAAAGUCUUAGUCCCAUUUGAGAACAUGCUUUUGUUUGGAAGACAAUCACCUAAGCUACAAAUAAUGAGAGAAACCCACAUUCACCAGCGUAACAACGGCUUCUGAUCUGCCUCUUAAGUGGCUAUAAAUGUGUGAUGCUCUGUAGAUCUUAUGUUUGAAUGUAAUGAAAUUGUAUUACGCUUUAAGCUACCCAUCAUUCAGUUAUUUUUAUUUGGCUUUGACAAUUUCUUGUGGAUUUUCUGGCAACAUUAAUUUUGUUGCUGACGAUUUGGGUUUCUUUGCCUAAUUUUUCCAUACUGCUUUUUGGACCUGUGGUGCAUGAUAAAUAUUUUCUUUUGGCAUGAUUGUAAUUGUAAUGGCUUUUCUUUGGCAACAUUUUGAGCUAUCAGAUCUACCAUACUCGUACUCAACUCAACCAGCUGCGUUAUCCCGUUUGUUGCCAGUGUGAAACUGAUAUCCCAUUUUAAUACUGUAAAAUAGAAUACAUUCUGUCAUUGAUUUCUGAGCCUUUAAUUGAAAAGAUGCUUUGUUUUGCUAGGGCUUGUGUUUCUAAAUGGUGGAUUUACAUUUGAUCAAAUGCCAAAUAAAUUGCACCAUAAAGGAUGA